AUGAAGCUCGGAACCCAGAAUCGCUGUCCCAGCAGGCCUGCCUUUGUCCUCGUUGCGGUGAUCGUCUUCCUGUCUACCGUUGUCGGUCUCACAUAUACCAAUUACUCGGAUUCCCUACGGCCUACCCCAAGUACUCACCUACAAAAACCGCUGGAUAAGAGUGUGCUAAAAGGCACAAAAGAAGAACGCGAUGCACAACGGCAGGGAUUCAUAGAGAAAACCUUGAGCUCUCACAUGAAUGUUGACAGCCUUAAGUAUGAUGCAAAGGGGGAAUUCGAGUCGAAACUUUCCACAGACCCAAAAUGGUCCAAGGCAAUGGGAAACAACCUAUGCAUUAUUGACCUUGAUAACCGCCCAUUCACCGACCCUUACCAGAUUUUUGGCCCCAAAUUGAUGAGCUGGGAUCAUCAGAAGGAGGUCCACGGGCUCUCGGUCGGGUUUUUGAACCACUGGCUUUAUGCAAAAAUCCACGGCUACAAGUACUAUUACGUGCAGGUCGAUUCAUUCAAGGAUCGGCGAGCAUCGUGGAAGAAGCCAUCCGUGAUCAGUGAAAUCCUCAAAAACCACGAGACAUGCAUCUACCUCGACUCGGACGCCAUCUUCGACCGCCUCGACCUGCCGUUCGAGUGGCUGAUGAACUACUGGGACAUCCACCCCAAGACCAACUCGCUCGCCAUGGCAUCCGACCCGGACCUGAGCCACAACAGGGACAAGUUCGGCAAGCUCUACCUCAACACGGGCUUCAUCGUCGCCCAGAACAACAAGAAGACGCACGAGAUCCUCAAGGCUUGGGAUGUCUGCCCGAAUGACGGAGGGGAGCACCCGGGGUGCACCAGGUGGCGCGUCAACAUGCCCGGAAGCCCCACGGACCAGGGCGGCUUCGGCAACUUCAUCCGCUACGACUACGCGGGGGACAUCAAGGAGCUCCCGUGCUCGGAGGCGAACGGAUUCCCCCAGAGCCGGACCAACUGCCAGGGCAAGUUCAUCAAGCACCUGUGGACCGGCAAGGACCGGGGAAUGAAGUUCUUCGUUGAGAAGCAAAUUCCCGGGGACCUCCUAGAGCUGUUCCAUGAGCAGUUUUCGGACGAGAAGGGCAGCUUCUUCCUGGAGGAGAAGCAGCUCAUGGCUGGAAGCGGUCAGGGGAAGAGGAUCAGGUCUGCACCGUACAGGGCUUGA